AACACACUAACUUGACACAAAUUGAGUCUCGCCGAGCUAGCGCAUGCGGUUUAGCUUUUGCUCAAGCACAGAAGCUGCAAAGGCUGUUGGCAAGCAUGUGUAUGGCACUGUGAAUCUAAUUCAUCUCUUCGCAGCUGAGGCAAUCUCACUUGACACGGCCAAAGAUGCCUGCCGCAUCGAGGUUUGAGGCGGCCAAGCAUCACUCCAACGCAUACUUCGGGACACGGGCGCAACAAGAGAUCCGCGUGUCCGCCCCGCGUGCCGGCGGCGGCCUGCUGUCUUGCUUCGGCCUGGGCGGCGGCAACCCGUCCAGCCACUCGCACUGGGAGGAGCCGGCGCCGCCGCCGCAGCGCCUCUCGCCUGCUGAAGCGCGGCGACAAAGCAGCACAGGCGGCGGCGGCGGCGGAGUCGCGGGCGGCCGGGUCGCGCCUAGUGAUGUAUUACUGCUGUCGGCAGCCGCUGCCGGUGGCUCCAACCCGCUCUGCGCCACUGCUGCUGGCGGUGGUGUGGGCCGCCCGGUGCUGACGCACGUGACCUCCCACAGCGCCAGCCCUCUCGAGCGCGGGAGUGGCGGCGGCGGCGGCGGCGUGGCGGGCCGCCGGGUUGCCUCCGUGACGGCUGGUGCGGUCCACGGCGGCGGCGGUGGCGCUGCGGUGGCGGAUUCACCUCGCGGCACAGCUGGCGGCAGAGCGAGGGGCGGCUUGUUGGCUGGCCUGCUGGGCCGAAAGUCGGCCGAGGCGGCGACCUCCGCAGCGCCUGAGACUCCCGAGCACCUGCACCCGGGGGACGAGGACGGCCACAACGACGACGAGGGAGGCGUGGACAGUCCCGCCGCCGCCGGCCUGGCCCGCUCCGGCCCCUCCUCCACCUCAGCCUUCACCGAGGUGUUCCACCCCUUCCGCCACCCACGCAAGCCCAAGGCGUUGCGCAGCGCCGGAGCGACCGCCGCCGCCGCCGCCUCGCGAUCCGCCGCCGGCGCCGAUGCAGACGGCGCUGCCGCCGGCGCGCCCUGGCUCCGCGGCCUUGGCGCAAACGGUGCAUUCGACGCGGCGGCGGCGACGGGGGCCAAGGUGUCUGCGAUCGGUGCCAGCGGCACCGUCGCGCACGACGGCUUUGCCGCCGCCAUGGCGGCGGCUUCGGCGUCGGUGACGCCGCUGCGGCCGGAUGAGGAGACGGACGUGGUGGUCGCCAGCGGCUCCCACAUUGGCCUCGGGGAUUUGGGUCUGGGCGGCAGGCCGGGAGUAGUGCCGGGGAUUGAGUUCGAAGACGAGGUGGGUGCAGGUUUUACGAAUGGUGCUGACGAUGGCGAGGGGCGCCAGGAGCGGCACCAGCAGGGCGAGCGGCGGCGCACGGGCGGACGUGGCGCAAAUGGCGGCGCCGGUUACGACGAGUACGGUUACGGUUACGGUUACGACGCGGUGGCGGCGGCGGAUGAUGACUGCGGCUUCCAGCCUCGCUGCACGCCGGGCAUGGUGGCGCGAGAGUCUUUCCAUAACGACCGCGACAACUGCGGCGGCGGGGAGGAGGAACGCGUCCGCGGCUCCGCACCGGCCGCUGCCGCCGCCAGCGGCCGCUCGCCGCGCGUCACUUACGGCGGCGGCGGCGGCGGCGGCCCUCUGCCGCUACUGGAGCUGCAGGCGGCGGAGGCAGCCGCGGCCGCGGCUCAGAACGGCACGCUGCUGCCUGCUGCCUUUCCCGCAGCUUUACCGCGCCGCGGUGCUAGCUGCUCCGGCGCGCCAGACGUGCUGCCGCCGGUGCUGCUGGUCGGCUCGCCGGGUGGCGCCGCCGCCGCGGCCCGCCUGGCCGCCGUGCCGCCGCCGCCGCCACCUAGCAUGAGUGCCGUCCUGGUUGCUGGCAGCCCCUCCGGAGCAGCCGCCGCCUACUCGGCGGCACGACGCAGCUCCUAUGCGGGCGACGGCAGCGGUGCCGGGUUGCUGGGCUCGCCCUCCCUUGCCCGCCGCGCCGCCGGGCAGGCCCAGCAGGCUCAGCUGCUGCAGCCGGUGGGGUCGCUCAUGCGUGGCGCCUCCGCUACUGCCGAGGCAGCCGCUGCUACUGCCGCUACAGCUGCUGCUCCCAUGCAGCAGGCACGCCCGCGCCGCCUGGCGGCACAGGCCUCGGUUGCGGUGAGGCCCGGCGGUGCUCCUGCUGCCCUGGGCACAAGUGGCGCAGACGGCGCCGAUGGGCCGCUGCGCCUGCCUCCCACCUCCAUCCUCUCCCCGGCCUUCAUCAACCCCGUUGUCGUGGUUGAACCUCCCGCGCCGCAGCCGCAGCCGCUGUUCACACACGGCCUUAACUCCUUCGCAAUGCGCGGCUCCGCGCCACACCCCCUGCAGCAGCGCGGCCUGCAGACGUCAGGCUCCAUCGCCCAGCGCGGCGCCAGCGGCAGCGUGGCGGUCGGCGGCAGCGGCGCCCUGGCGCUCACGGGCCCGCUUGCGUCGGCGCCGCCGCCGCCACUGGCGGCGGCGGCGGCGGGCGAGGCGCCGCAGACGCUCAACCGCCUGGCGAGUCUGCAGGCGCUGCACAGGCACCGCUACGAGGGCGCGCCGCCGCCGCCGGAGCCGGAGCUGACACCCGAGGAGCGCGACGCGGAGGAGCGCCGCCGCUGGGCGGAGGAGCAGGCGGCGGCGGAGGCGGCGGAGGCGGAGGCGCGGCGGCGACUGAGGCAGCAGCCCUCGGCGGUGCUGCGCGCAGCCGCGCGGCUCCCGCCGGGCGCUGGGACGUUUACAGAGGAGGCCAGCGGCGCGAGCGCCGGUUUGCGGCAGGGCGGCGGCGGCGAUGAGGACGACCUGCGCCCCUCGCCGCCGGCCGCCGGCGGCAUGCUCCGCUCCUCCGCGCCGGCGGCGGUCGCCGGGCCCGGCAGCCCCGCCGCCCUCGCCGCCGCCGCCCUGCGCGCCGGCGGCGGCGUCUUCGGCGGCUUCGGCACAGCUGGCUAUAACGCCGCCGGCGGUGACGCCGCCGCCGUCGUCAGCCCGCUGACGCAAGGCGCCCUGGCCGCCGCCAGCCGGCUCAACGCCAUCAGCGACGCCGGCGAGGCUGGCUUCGUCGCGUCUGGCUUCGCCACCGCUGCCGCGGCGGCGGCGGCGCAGGCGGCGGCGGCGGCGGAAGCGGACCCCUACGGGCCGCCCGUGACGGGCCCCGCCGCGCUUAUGAACAUCCCCAACGGCCUUGCCUUCCUGGCGUCACUGCCGCCGCCGCCGCCGCCGGGCGGUCAGGUGCGCAUCGAGCCCCCGGAGCCCGUGGAGCCCCUGCCAGAGCCCGAGAUCAGCCACGGCUCUCUGGCGUCCACACACACCGUGUGCGCCGCCGCGCCGCCGCAGAGGACACGUACGACGACGGCGGUACGGCAAGGCGGCGCCGCCGGGCUGCCGGCGGCGGCGGUGCCGUACGUGGGGCUGACGCGGCUGCCGGAGGAGGUGGAGCCGUCCGCGACCGGGGCCAGCACGCCCCACGCGGCGGCGGCGGCGGCGGCGGCGGCGGCGCACGGCGGCGCGACAGGGGCGGCGGCGCCGCCGCGGCCUGACAUCGUGAAGCUGCUGCUUCAGGAGUUUGACGAGGAGUAGGCGGCGGCGGCGGCGGUGGACGUUUCAAAUUCUUCAGCGGCGAAUUGCAGCUCGUGUAUGGAUCGCGGGCUUGUCAUGUACAUAUGUUGGGCGGGGCCGCUCGUUUAUGGAUCGCGGGCAUGUCAUGUACAUAUGUGGGCGUUGCCUCCCUGCGGGCGCGGCUUGCCGCGCGAAUGGGCACACUCGGUUGAGCAACAGAGUACAUAGUAUCACAUAAGGAGACGAGGGCCGGCUAGGCAAGCACGGCAGCUGCAACAGAGCCACGAGUACAAAGCAAAGGGCGCACAUACAUUCCAGCAUACAGUCCGUGUCCAACCAUGGACACAUAAUAUCUUAAAGCAAGCGACCACGUCGCCCCGCAUGGCGCUGUGGGCUGCAUGCGCUGGUGAUUGAGCAAUACGAACCGUGGCACGCGAUACACAAGAAUGUGCUGCAAGUGUGGGUCGGAAAUGUGGUCGUGCAUCCAGUUCGGGCGAAUUCGAAUGCUUGCAAGACGUACAGCACCAAGCACGCGGGCGGUGGAGGCAACUGCCGUUUUCGUGGCCCCCAGGUGUAAAGAGAUGUGGUGAGGUGCGCGCGGCAACCGCACGCAACGCGUGGAGUGGCACCUAUGGGGUUACCUUGUCGCACCCCCACCCUCGAAGCACCCAUGGGUAACAUCCAGUGGCAACGCUGUGUGCACUGUGCAGUGGACAUGCAACAUUGCAACAGGGGUGCAGCUGUGCAGACUGGUGGUGGUGGUGGUGGAGAAGCGGGGCUGCAGGGAAGCCGGCGCGCCGAGAUGCGCGUACAGCUGAGGUGGCACAAGUUGCGGCAGGGUGAUUAUUUGGCAGAGGCUGUGGUAACACAUAUGCGACCGACCAUGUUCAUAUGAUCAUAAGUCAGCCGCGGUGGUUUGGAAGCGACUCGCAUCUGCUCAUGUUGCAACGGAUCAAGAGUUUAUGUGACACUUUGUGACUUGUGUUGGGGCACGCUGAAUGUCGUAAUUCUUGAGGUGGGUGAGGUGUGUCUGGGUGCGAUGGUAUGUGUGUUGGUGUUUCCAGGUGUUAGUGGACUAGGGAGUAGGCCCCUCAGUAGGGACCAUCACGCGCAUGUGAGGUCCUGUGGCGGCCCUUCAUCAUCAGUGGAGCCCUGCUGCCCUGCACAGCUCCGUGUUGCUAUCAAGAUUGAAAGGGGGCAGCCGCAUGUAACCGCAUGUGAAA